GCUGUUGAUAACCACAGUGUUGCCAACAGGGCUACUUUAAAUAGCUUAGCUCCCUCUGUCCUUUUGGGUGAGGGAAGCUAUAUGCAAGCUUUCUUCGUACCACACCUGCACUGGUUUACCCCAUGCAAAUUCUGGGUCUAAGUUGUUGGGAAGCAUUGUAGUGUAAGAAUGCUACCUACUUUAAUGAAACAUCUGCCGUUAAUUACAUUGAGAAUGGCAAUAUUUGCUACCUAGCGGAAAACUUUCCUGUCUGUUGCUUCCCUCCCCCCCCCCUCCGCCCUCUAGUGGUAGUUCUUAACCAGAGAUGGGUCUCUUCUUUCAUUUACAGUUCUUGACAGAACUGACAAGGCUUUUUCAAAAAUGCAGAACCUCAGGGAGCGUUUACAUAACACUGAAAAAAUAUGAUGGUCGAACAAAACCCAUUCCACGUAAAGGCCAUGUGGAAGGUUUUGAGCCUGCAGACAACAAAUGUCUUCUGAGAGCAACAGAUGGGAAGAAGAAGAUUAGCACAGUGGUAAGCUCGAAGGAAGUAAAUAAAUUCCAGAUGGCCUAUUCUAACCUGUUGAGAGCUAACAUGGAUGGCCUGAAGAAGAAAGACAAGAAAAGCAAAAAUAAGAAAAGUAAAGCAACCCAGUGAUGGAACAGAAUGUCUUUCCAUCACUGCAAGACUUGAGUUCUAGUCUUCAAAGUCGGUUUUUUCCUAAGUCAACACUUUCUUUUGGAUGUAGAAUACUGAGACGUGAACAAUACCGGCACUUAAAUAAAAUUGUUGUUUGGCAGGAAUAGUCACAAGAUUAGACUGAAACCUCUUCACUCUCAGCUGCCAUGUUCUUACACAGGAUGGUCCGUGUAAACUGUUUAGGGGGAUGCAGUGGGUAGUCACAAGGGCAAAGAAUAGAUCUUAAGUAGUGAAUGAAAGCUUAAUUCUGUAGAUAAGCCCCGUGUAAACUAAGUAGGGAAGUUGAGAAUUAGUGGGAACAUUGCCUUUUUUUUUUUUCCUAUUAAUUUAGCUUCUAGAAGUGAUUGAGGUUAAGAGUUCAUGACAAAAAAAAAAAAAAAAGUCCUAGAGCUUCACAUGUUACAAUUGCAAUGACUGUUUUAGUAAAAGUCUCAUUCUUAUGAAUGUGUUCAGGGAUUUGGUGCAUCUUACUUUGAAUGGUUAUAUUGUAAAUAUAGUAUCUCUUGAUGCUUUGUUGUGAAAGGUAAUGUUUACUUGUUCCUAUUAAACAAUCAGAAGUGCA